AACAGUGCGAUGUUGCAGGGGAAUGAUUCAUUCGAUGAGGUCGAAUUUCUACAAACUGUCCCUGGAGCUGGAGCUGAGGUCCAUCAUUAUGACUCAGAUGAUUCCUUCAAUGACGAGGUGAGGCCGUACUUGUUGAAUGAUAGUCCCGAUUUCGAAGCGCUGGGUCAGGAGCUCCGCGACAGAGUAUACAAAACGCUGAAGGAGAAGUUCGGGUUCAAUUCGUUUCGACAUCGACAAAAAACGGCAAUCACAGCUAUUCUGCUCGGUUACGAUGCAUUUGUGCUCAUGCCUACGGGUGCUGGAAAAAGUCUCUGCUAUCAGCUGCCAGCCGUGUUGUCUCCUGGAGUAACAGUUGUGGUGUCUCCGUUGAAAUCACUUAUCGAAGACCAGCGGGUGAAAAUGCAAGAUUUAGGGAUUACUUGUGAAGCAUUGACAUCAGACCUGAGUGACGACCAACAGAUGUCAAUUUAUAAUCGAUUGAUGCACUCUCCGCCUGAUAUCAAGCUUUUGUAUGUAACUCCUGAGAAGAUCAGCCUUUCUUCAAAGUUGGCAAACGUUUUUGUUAGCUUACAUCGUCAAAACUUUUUGGCUCGAUUCGUUAUUGAUGAAGCUCAUUGUGUAUCACAGUGGGGUCAUGACUUCAGACCAGAUUACACAAAAUUGAAGUCACUGCGGCAGGAGUAUGCUCACCCCAAGGUACCGAUAAUGGCUUUAACAGCUACAGCUACACCGAAAAUCGUCGCCGAUACGAGGGAUCAUCUAGGAAUUGUGGAUUCAAAAUUAUUUAUAAGUAGUUUCGUGAGAUCGAAUCUUACCUAUGAGGUUGUGCCGAAAAUGGCGAAAACAUUCGAGAAUGUGAUCAAUCGUAUGAAGCAGCUGUAUCCCGGAAAGGCUGGCAUUGUUUACUGUUUAUCCAGGAAUGAUUGCGAAAAGGCGUGUUCAGUGGUGAACAAGGCUGGAAUACUGGCUGAUGUAUAUCAUGCAGGACUUUCCGAUGUAAAAAGAAAGCAGGUACAACAUCGCUGGUUGCGAAAUAGUAUCCACGUCAUAUGUGCGACGAUUGCCUUUGGAAUGGGUAUCGAUAAACCAGAUGUUCGAUAUGUAAUUCACACCAGUAUUCCGAAAUCCAUCGAAGGUUAUUAUCAAGAAACUGGACGAGCUGGACGAGAUGGAAAUCCGUCGUACUGUCUACUGUUGUACAGCUAUAAUGAUGUCUUGCGCUUGAGAAAAUUUAUUGAAGACGAGGACAAUCGUGCUGCAGCUAGUGUCCGUUCUAUGCAUACACAAAAUAUCUAUCAAGUGGUAACGUACUGUGAAAAUGUUUCGGUCUGUAGAAGAAAGAUUCUUGUUGAACAUUUUGGAGAGGUGUACGAUGCUCAGAUGUGUCAGAAAAGUGGGACACCGUGCGAUGUAUGCCAGCGCCAGAAGCAUUACGCUGGAGCGGUGAAGUUAUUCGAUGUGUCUGAUGAAGCGUUUAUGCUCAUUAGUGCAAUGACUCGAAUGAAAAAUACUACAUUACGAUACUUGGCAAAACUGUUUCGAGGAGAUCUGGAUAAAAAGACCUCAGAGAAAGCCUCACGGUUAGGACAUACCGCGUUCCCAAUCUACGGUCGAGGUGUUGGCAUGUCUGAGCAGGAUUCGCUUCGAUUCCUUAGAAAAAUGGUUGGCAAUGUUUCUUCGAUUGAGCCUACUUCUUUGACUUUUCGAAGCUUCCAUAAACUAUUAUACUUUUCUGAGGGUCUGCUAACGGUCCCAUAA